AUGGCACGGACAAGAUCUAAUUGCCAAGGCCGAAGACGUGCAUGGCGAGGAUGCAGGCUUGCGGCGGCAGCCGGCGCCAUUGUCGCUUCGGGGAUGGCCCUUACGGCCUUCCUGCCGGCACCGCCACCAGCGCGGGGGCCGCUGGAACCGCUUCCGCCGGCUGUUGCGGCCGUCGCCGGGUUGAGCUUCGCUGCGUCAGCUCAGGCGCAGUCGGCCGCGCUGGACAUGAGGGAUCUGUCUCCAGAGACGUUUAAGCCGGUCUGCCCCGCGAGCGACGGUCUGUACGGCCUUGGCAAGGCCUUUGCUGAUGGCCUCUUAGGUGCCGAAGGUGCUGAGUAUCGGCCUUUGGCGAUCGAG